AAGAUCUCAAAUCUAAGACCCUUUUGAGUUUCAGAAGAAGAAUCCACCUCCGACAUGACUUCAAGAUCAUUCCCUCCUACUACAGAUCACCAUUUUUUCACCAAAUACAAGGUCCUUUUCCUGGCUCUCACCAUCUCAGCGUCUCUAGUCAUUUUCUGCACAAUAUUUUACUUCCUUUACCAUCUAUGGUACUCCGUUGUACACAGAGCUAAAACGAUCCCGUUUGAUGCAAAUUCUCCCUUGAAACUCCGAAGAUUUUCAUACAAAGAGCUCAAGCAAGCAACUAAUGGCUUUCACACUGAAAAUGUAAUUGGCAAAGGCGGGUCUAGCACAGUCUUUAAAGGAAAGCUUAACGAUGGGAAAUCAAUUGCUAUUAAGCGUCUAGAUGCUUUGUGUAUACAAACACAGCAAGAGUUUCAGAAUGAGCUCCAGAUUCUUGGUGGGUUAACGUCCCCUUUCGUUGUCACCCUUCUGGGAUAUUGUAUGGAGAAGAACAAGAGAGCUUUGGUGUUUGAAUAUAUGCCUAAGAGAAGCUUGCAGGAGUCUCUCUUUGGAGAUGAACGCUGUUUGAGUUUAAGCUGGGAGAGGAGGUUUCUUGUAAUAUUGGAUGUUGCUAAAGCUUUGGAAUUCCUUCACCUUGAUUGUGACCCUCCAGUGAUUCAUGGGGAUAUUAAACCAAGCAAUGUUCUGCUUGAUGAAGAGCACCAUGCAAAGAUUUCAGAUUUCGGAUUGUCAAGGAUUAAAGUGGAGGAGGGUGAGUUUGAUGGGAAUAUGUUUAGCCAGGACUUGGGUGAUAAGAGUCAGGAGCUAUGGAAGAGCCAAGAGUUUUCAGGUAAUUUAACUGCUGGAAGCCCAGCUGCAGAUGAGCGUGUUAAUGAAGUAGAUUUUGCCCUAGCUUUGCAGGCAUCUUCUUCAUCCAAGUAUAGUAGGGUAGGUCUUAAUGUUGGAGCUCUGAACUUGAAUUCUUUGAAUUAUAAUGCCUACAUAAGUGAAAGUGAAGCAAGGACAACUAGUGUCAAGGGGAAGGAAAUCUUGAGUUUCGAUAUUGGUGGGGAUGAUCGGAGGAACGAGUUUGUUCCUUGUGAUGAUGAUUUUUCCAAUAUUGAUCAUAGCAAAGAGUUAAAUGUUAAUGCUUCCUCAGUAGAUAAAGAAAAGCCAAGUGAAAAACAACGGGGAAAAGAUUGGUGGUGGAGACAGGAUGAAAGUGCAGAAUUAUGCAGUAAAGAUUAUGUCAUGGAGUGGAUAGGGAGUCAGAUUCAUCCAUCAAACACUGAUUGGGAUGAAGAAAAGAACAUUCAUGAAGAAACAGAACUGGGAAAUAAAAGUCCAACAGAUAAAAUAGAUGAUGUACAUGGACCUCAAUUUCAAGCAAUGGGGACAAAAGAUGCUGACAAUGGUGCAGAUGAGAACAAAGAAUCAGUGGAAAAGAAACAUCAUGAGAAGCAUAGGAAGAUGCAAGAGCUGUGGAAAGAAGAGAAUCUUGGAGAAUCAAGCAAGAACAAUGGCAACCUGAAAAAUCUUCAAACAAAGUGGAAGCAAGGGUUUAAAGUACCACAUUUUGGUUUGGAUAGGAAGUUUUAUCUCUGCAGAUGUCGGAAAUUCCAAAGGGAGGAUCAGAAUGACUAUCAUCAAAAUGGGGAAUUUAGUUUCAGAAAAGGUUGGAGGAAGAAAGGAAAUAGUCCCUCGAUUGACAGCGAGAUCAUGCGAAGUGGAGAUCUUUUCAGCAGCACAACCAGCAUGAGAGGAACCCUGAGUUAUGCUGCUCCAGAAUAUGGUGGUUGUGAGGGGUUCUCAGUGGAGAAAACUGACAUUUACAGUUUUGGAGUAUUGAUCCUUGUGAUUGUUUCAGGAAGAAGACCAUUACAAGUUCUUCCAUCCUCAUUGAAGCUUGAGAAAGCUAAUUUAGUAAGCUGGUGCAAGCAAUUGGCACAAUCUGGCAACAUUUUAGAACUUGCAGACGAGAGGUUGAGAGAAGAUUAUAACAAGGAGCAAGCAAGCUUGUGCAUCAACAUUGCACUUUCUUGCUUACAGAAAAAUCCAGAAUUAAGACCAGACAUUGGGGAUAUUGUUAAGAUUCUAAAGGGGGAUAUGAAUCUACCACCAAUUCCAUUUGAGUUCUCUCCAUCUCCACCUUUUAGACUGUACAGAAAAUCAUGAAGAACACAGAAAGGUACUGCAGAAUAGCUUUUUUGUUGUUAAUAUUUCCUUAUUAGGCAUUAUUUUAUUGUUUGUUUCAUAUUGUGCUGAGCAUGAAUGAUUGAAUAUUUGAAUACACCUGCAGUGUGAAAUAUAUGUUGUAUGUAUGUUUGGUAACUUUCUUGGUGCUCUUUAUAAUGGUUUGGGGUACAUGAUGAUAUUGAUGGUACAGUCACUUUUGUCCUGUGUGUUUGUUGACUGGUCGUGGAUAUGGGCCACACAAGCCGAAGUCACAGACUGAAGACAGAACAUUAUUAACAUGAGUGAUAUU